UGUACUUAUGUAUAAACAGAUCUAUUAUAUUAACAAUAGAGCAAAUGGAUACGCCCCUGAAUGCACAAUUGCGCGCGUGCUUAAUCUUUGCGACUGUCAUAUUCUGUCAAGCCCGGUGAGCUUAUGAUCUUCAACCAUGCUAAAUCUAAUUGAAAAAACAUAAAUUUUAACCAUUAAAUAUCAUUUGGUGAAGUUCAAAGUUAUUACAAAAAAAGUGGCUUGCAAUCGUGAUCAAACAUGUAUCGUAUCUGUCCCGAUCUCAUAGCCGAUACGGGUGUGUCUAUACGCGUGUUCCAAUACGUGACCAAGUAUGUCAGUCAGUUGGUAAAAGUACGAGUUUGUUAUAAUCAUAGCAAACAUUAAGUUAUCGGUAAACAGAAAUUUUUUAACGAUGUCAGCUAGCAUCCUGCAGGAUAAGAGUGUAGCCUUGAACGGCAAGAAUGAUGUACCGGUAGUCUCGCAACCUACUACUAGGUGUGGAGUUAGAGUUUACAAAAUUGUUAUUUUAGGUGAUGGUGGUGUUGGUAAAUCAGCGGUCACAUUACAAUUUGUCAGUCAUAGUUUUCUUGAUUAUCAUGAUCCAACUAUAGAGGAUUCAUAUCAACAACAAGCAGUUAUUGAUGGUGAAGCUGCACUUUUAGAUAUAUUAGAUACAGCAGGACAGGUGGAAUUUACAGCUAUGCGUGACCAAUACAUGAGAUGUGGAGAGGGUUUUAUGAUAUGUUAUUCUGUAACUGAUAGACAUAGUUUUCAGGAAGCUUUGGAAUAUCGAAAAUUAAUAACACGUGUGAGAGCUAAUGAAGAUAUACCAUUAGUAUUGGUUGGCAAUAAAUUUGAUUUACAACAUCAACGAAAGGUAACUACAGAAGAAGGAAAAGCACUUGCUGAGCAACUUGGUUGUCCCUUUUAUGAAACAUCUGCAGCUCUUAGACAAUUCAUAGAUGAUGCAUUUUAUUCAUUAGUCAGACAAAUUCGAGCUAAAGAGAGAUCAAGAAAUUCAGUACGUAAACAUAGUCGUUGGUGGCGACUUCGUUCUAUACUUGCCUUUAUUUUUAGGAGAAAACAAAGGCAUGUUAACAAUCAUUAUUAUUCUCCUUAAAUUGAACUAUUUUAAUAAAUAUCUUUUUGAUAGCGUUUAUCUUAAAUUAACAAAACAUGGCAUAAAUAGUUUAAAGUUUUACAAAUACACAACGAACAAAAUUUUUUAUGAUUCGUUUAGAUUUCAUAAUAGUCUCUUAAUCUAAAGAUUGAUUCUAUAACAUCUCACUGCCUUAUCUUUAACCCCAUUAUAUUUUCAAAUGUAGUAAUGGAGACACGAAAUAUAGACUGUAAUUCAUUAUUUUUAUUAUAAAUAUUAUUAUAAAUAUUGCAAUAAUAUCUUUUAAAUUUAAUUAUUUUUAAUAUUUGAAAAAAUAUAAAAUGAAAUAUAAAUAACAAAAAUGAUACAAUAUUCUACAAAAAACUUUCAGUAAAACUAAUAAGUAAUAAAUUAUCUAUAAUUCUGUCUCCAAUUUCUUCAUUAUUAUUUAUUAGAAAAAUUUUUAAUAUUUUUUAAAAAUGUGUUAUUAUAAAAAACAAUAAUUAAUUUAUUACAAUUCAUUAUCUACCUUAAAAGUAUUCUACUUUUGUUUUCUUAAAUUAAUGUAAUUAUAAUAAUCACUUAUUUCAUUUGAUUUAAAUUCUAAUUAUUAAUUUACAAUUUAUUCAAUAUGACCAAAGAAUUUAAUAUUUCAUAUUAAAACAAAAUGAAAUAUUAAAUAAAAAUCUUGUAAAUGCAAAAUAUACUGUACAUGUGAGAUGAAUGGAAAGCUUUAUAAUACUAAAUAAUUGUUGAAUUAAUGAAUUAGAAUAUUAAUAAAUAAAAUUUAUUUAUACUAAUUUAAAUUUUGCAAAAAUAGAAAUUAUGAAUUAUUUUAUAAUGAAUUACAUUAUUACAAAGAGAGAGUAUACGAAAGUUAUAAUAAUUUGUAAAGUUUAAACAUGUUACAUAUUUAAAAUUUGCAUAAAGUUUCCAAUCAAAAAAUAUAAAUAUAUUUUUAUGUUUAAAAAUUGAAGAAAUAAUACUAACAUGCAUAUGAUUAUAAAUCUAUAAAUUUUAUGUUUAUAAAUUAUCAAUAUUUUUAAAACGGCUCCUAAGAAAUUUUUAAAAUUAUACAUUUAAUAGAUUCUAUUUUUGUCUCUUAAUAUUUAUUAAUUUUUGAAGUUUUUAAUUUGUGCAGCUUGAGAAUAGGUGAUUUUUUUUUUAGAGUAUGUAUAUCAUAGAUCAAUUAAGUAAUUAAUAGAAUAUAUAGUUUAUAUAGUUGCCAGAUAAUAGAACAAAACUAUAAUGGCAAAAGUCAUAAAAAAUGUUAUUAAAUGUAAGUUUAUAUACUAAAUGUCUAGUCGUUACUUAAUGUUUCCUAGUCAAGUUUUGCAUUUUGUUAUGUUAACAUGCAAUAAUUUACAGUUCACAGAUGCAAUUAUGAAUUUUGAUUACAUACAGUUUAACGUGAUCAUUUAUAUUUAUCAUAUCUUCGAAAUAUUUAUACAUGUUGGUAUUAUAUUUGUUACAACAUUUUAUAAACAGUUUACUAAUAAAAAAAUCUGAAUAUUAAUAUUUAAUCUAUUUUAAUAGCUAACAUAAUAAUUUUGAUUUUUAUUUUAUAGUAAUAAGUACAAAGUAUUACUGUCAAAGCUGAUAAUCAAUUAUUAAUAUAUCAAUAAUUUUGUCCUACUAUAGUAGAAAGUAUUAAUAAAUAAAAAUUAAUACAUAGCGACUCAAAAUAUAAAAUUUAUGUAAUAUAUGAAACAUGUAAAAUGUGUUUAAUCUUCUUUUAUUAUUUUUCAUAACAAUAAAAAGAGAUUGUAUGUAAUUCUAUGUAAUAUAUUAUUUCUUUUUAUAUUUAAACAAACUAGGUAUAUCUAUAUACAUAUGAAAAUGAAAUUUUUAAAAUUAACAAUGAUGAAAAACAAUUUAUAUAUUCAUUCAUUGUUCAUACAAUAUAUUACAAAUAAAUUAAAUAAAUAAAUAUUAAUUAAAAAAUACAAAAGAAACACAUUUUACAGUGACAAUAUAAUAAAAUAAUUAAAUGAAAUGUAAGUUUAUGAUGUAUUAACAAAAAAAUUUUAAAAACGCACACAUAUGCAUGCUCACUUUAAAAUUGAGCAAUAAAUUUGAUAUAAUUGAAAUAAAGUACCGAAGUAAUUAAAAUAAUAUAUAUGAAUUGUAAUUUUAAUAAACUAAUUGGAGAUAUUAAAAAACUAUAAUUGUAAUCUAAAAUAUAUAAUCUUACUAUAAUAAUUGACAUUACAUAAUAUAAUUUGCAUAGAUAUUUUCAAUUUUUAUUUUACACAAAUUAAAUAAAUACAAAAUAGGAUAUUAAAAACAUUUAUUUUAUUUAUUUACAUUCAAUUUGAUAAAAAAAUUUAAUAAUUUAAUAUAAAGAAUGAACAAAAUAAAAAAUUUAUAUAUAUAAUAUUCUAUAAUAAUGUGGAAUAAAUUAAUAUUUAUAUAAUCUUAGAAAUCUUUUCGUAUUUUGUUAAAAAAUACAUAUUUUGUUUUUUAUAAUUGCACUAUAAAAGAUUGCAAAUUAUUUUCAAAUUUCUAUUAUUACUUAUAAAUUAAUGAUUAUAAUUAUACAAAAGAUUCAAAACAUUUCUUGUUUUGAAAAUAUUUAUAAUUUAAUUAUACUUAAUAAAUGAUCGACAUAUUUUUUAUUUAUUGCAUGAAAUAUUUUUUAAUUAUUCAUUAUCAGUCUCCAUUAAGUCUUCCAUUUGAUGUAUGUUGAUCUCGCCCACUUUCUAUUACAUUGUUAUCUGUUCCUCUAUUUUCUGUUUUACUAAUUUCUAUGUAAAAAAAAUUGCAAUAAAAAUAAAGUAAUUUAAAUUUUUUAUUAUUUAAAAAACAAAUUGCAUGUACAUUUAUUAAAAAUUGUUAUACUUUAUUGCAUGAUAAAUGAUAAAAAAUAAGUUAUAAUGAUAAUAUUUAAUAUGAUUAAAUUAUAAUAAAUACUUACCAGGAUCUGGAUUGUCAUCCAUGUCUCCAUUUGAAUCAUUAUUCUUUUGGAUUUUUGAGCUUAUCUGAACUGAAAAAAAGUCAUAUAUACUAUUACUAUUCUAAUAUAAAAUAAUAAAAAACAUUUAUGAGAACUUGUAAUAUCCAUAUAUUCUAUAAAAUAUUAUUUGCUAAAUAACAUUUUAAUAAUUUUUGCAUUAGUGAACCCUCUCCAAUUAGUUUAUAUAUGUAUAUAUGUUAUAUUAUAUUAUAAAUAUAUAUAUUAGUUAUUUAUAAUAUAUAUUAAAUCUAAGUAAUAAAUUAAAGUAUUUUAUAAUAUAUUUUAAAUAAAUAAUGUAAAAUGAUAUAAUUUUUAUUUUUUAAUAUAAUAAUGUAAAUACGUAGAAUAAAAUAAAAUUUAAGAUCAAA